AUGCCUGAUGACAUCAACAGUGUCAGAACACAGACCUUUCGAGACGCAGUGAAGUGUGUUGAGCUGACGAUGUGCCCUCUGGGUUUGCAGGAGGACAUGGUGUGCCUGUCGUGUACAGCGACAGGCGAAAGAGUAUGUCUAGCGGCGGAAGGCUUCGGCAACCGGCAUUGCUACCUGGAGACAAUUGCAGACAAGUACCUGGCUUGCCUGUCCACCAGCUCGUCCAACGACAAGCUAGCGUUCGACGUCGGUCUGCAAGAACACUCUCAAGGCGAGGCGUGCUGGUGGACGGUGCAUCCGGCCUCUAAGCAGCGCUCGGAAGGUGAGAAGGUGCGAGUGGGCGACGACCUCAUCUUGGUGUCUGUGGCCACAGAGAGGUACCUGCACACCGCAAAGGAAAACGAUGUAUCUGUAGUGAACGCAUCAUUCCACGUGACCCAUUGGUCUGUUCAACCCUACGGCACAGGCAUCAGCAGAAUGAAGUAUGUAGGGUACGUGUUCGGCGGCGACGUGCUGCGCUUCUUCCACGGGGGCGACGAGUGCCUCACCAUCCCGUCCACGUGGACGGCGGACCCCGCGCACAACAUCGUCAUCUACGAGGGCGGCAGCGUCAUGUCGCAGGCGCGCUCGCUCUGGCGGCUGGAGCUGGCGCGCACCAAGUGGGCGGGCGGCUUCAUCAACUGGUACCACCCGAUGCGCAUCCGCCACCUCACCACGGGCCGCUACCUCUCCAUCAACGAGAACAACGAGCUCUGCCUCGUCGCCAGGGAAGACGCAUCCUUGGCAAGCAGUACGUUCUGUUUGCGCCAAGAGAAGGACGACCAGAAGGUGGUCCUCGAGGACAAAGACCUUGAGGUUAUCGGCGCGCCCAUCAUCAAGUACGGUGACAGCACUGUCAUCGUUCAACACUCGGAAUCUUCAUUAUGGCUCUCGUACAAGUCGUACGAGACGAAGAAGAAGGGCGUGGGCAAGGUGGAGGAGAAGCAGGCCGUGCUGCACGAGGAGGGCAAGAUGGACGACGGGCUGGACUUCAGCCGCAGCCAAGAGGAGGAGUCGCGCACGGCGCGCGUCAUCCGCAAGUGCUCCUCGCUCUUCAACAAGUUCAUCGCGGGGCUGGAGUCGUUGCAAAGGAACCGUCGGCCCUCUCUUUUCUUCAUGUCGGUCAACUUGAACGAGAUGGUCAUGUGCCUGGAAGACUUGAUCAACUACUUUGCACAACCUGCCGAAGAUAUGGAACACGAGGAGAAGCAGAACCGGCUGCGGGCGCUGCGCAACCGGCAGGACCUCUUCCAGGAGGAGGGCAUCCUCAACCUCAUCCUGGAGAACAUCGACAAGAUCAACGUGAUCAUGUCGCAGGGCUUCCUGGUGGCGCUGGCGGGCGACGAGUCCGGCCAGAGCUGGGACAUCAUCUCCGGCUACCUGUACCAGCUGCUCGCCGCCAUCAUCAAGGGCAACCACACCAAUUGCGCGCAGUUCGCCAACUCGAACCGGCUCAACUGGCUGUUCUCGCGGCUGGGCUCGCAGGCGAGCGGCGAGGGCUCGGGCAUGCUGGAUGUGCUCCACUGCGUGCUCAUCGACUCCCCCGAGGCUCUCAACAUGAUGCGGGACGAGCACAUCAAGGUGAUCAUCUCGCUGCUGGAGAAGCACGGCCGCGACCCCAAGGUGCUGGACGUGCUGUGCUCGCUGUACGUGCCUUACCCCGGAGGCGGCGAGAAGUGGGGCGGCAACGGCGUCGGCGACGACCUCUACUCCUUCGGCUUCGACGGCGCCUGCCUGUGGACAGGCGGGCGCCGCACGCAGGUGGUGGCCGACGCCAAGGAGCCGUUCAUCCGCAAGGGCGACGUGGUGGGCUGCGCGCUCGACCUCACCGUGCCCAUCAUCACCUUCUCCUUCAACGGGCGCCCCGUCAAGGGCUCCUUCGUCAACUUCAACCUCGACGGCAUGUUCUUCCCCGUCAUCAGCGCCUCCUCCAAGCUCAGCUGCCGCUUCCUGCUGGGCGGGGACCACGGCCGCCUGCGCUACGCGCCGCCCGAGGAGUUCUCGGCGCUGGUGGAGUCGCUGCUGCCGCAGCAGACGCUCAGCAUCGACCCGUGCUUCUACUUCGGCAACCUGCCCAAGUGCGUGCUGUCGGGGCCCUGGCUGGUGGAGGACGACACGGCCUUCGUGCCACAGCCCGUCGACACCUCCAUGGUGACGCUGCCCAGCUACGUGGAGAGCGUGCGCGACCGCCUCGCGGAGAACAUCCACGAGAUGUGGGCCAUGAACAAGAUCGAGGCCGGCUGGAUGUUCGGCGAGCGGCGCGACGACGUGCGGCGCGUGCACCCGUGCCUCGUGCCCUUCGAGCGCCUGCCGCCCGCCGAGAAGCGCUACGACUCGCAGCUGGCCGUGCAGACGCUCAAAACCAUCCUGGCGCUGGGCUACCACAUCAGCAUGGACAAGCCGCCGGCGCGCAUCCGCAACGUGCGCCUGCCCAACGAGCCCUUCCUGCAGCCCAACGGGUACAAGCCCGCGCCGCUCGACCUCAGCGCCGUCACGCUCACCGCCAAGAUGGAGGAGCUGGACCCCGACAUGCGGCGCAGCCCGCACCUGGUGCCCUACCCGAAGGUGGACGACGCCAUCAAGAAGGCCAACAGAGAUACUGCCAGUGAAACUGUACGGACAUUGCUUGUUUAUGGUUACAACUUAGAUCCACCAACCGGUGAGGCCAACGAAGGUUUCUCGCUCAACGGCGAGCUGCUGAUGGACGCCCUGGGCGGCGAGACGUCCUUCUCCGACGUGCAGGGCGAGGCGUUCGUGCCCGCGUGGACGCUGGGCGUCGGCCAGAAGGCCAAGCUCACCUUCGGCCAGGACGUCAACACCCUCAAGUUCUUCACCACGUGCGGCCUCCAGGAGGGCUACGAGCCCUUCUGCGUGAACAUGAAGCGCGCUGUGACGUACUGGUACACCAAGGACCAGCCCGUGUUCGAGAACACCGACGACAUGGCGGACACGCGCAUCGACGUGACGCGCAUCCCGGCGGGCUCCGACUCGCCGCCCUGCCUCAAGAUCUCGCACAACACCUUCGAGACCAUGGAGAAGGCCAACUGGGAGUUCCUGCGCCUCUCGCUGCCCGUCACCUGCCACGCCUCCUUCGUCGACGCCGCGUCCCGAGCGCCGCGUCCCGAGCGCCGCGUCCCGAGCGCCGCGUACCGAGCGCCACGUCCCGAGCGCCGCGUCCCGAGCGCCGCGUCUCGACCGCCGCGUGUGGUGGCAGGGCUGCAGCGCGGCUACUCGGAGGACGCGGUUGAGGCGGACGAGCUGCUGGCGGAGGCGGAGGCGCGGGCGCGGGCGCCGUCGCGCCCCACGCGGCCGUCGCGCAAGGGCUCCAUCCCGCGCAACGCCACCUUCGACGACGCCAACACGCUCGCCUCGUCGGGCGACCUGCUGUCGCCGGCCUCCGCCCACGUGCACCGCUCCACCUCCGACCUGGGGCUGGACCGCUUCGACGGCGAGGGCUCGCCCGGCCGCGACGCCGCCAAGGACGACAAGAAGAAGCGCGGGCGCUCGCCCUUCAGGUUCUUCUCCCGCAAGCGCGAGCCGAGCGGCGACCGGCUGCGCAAGGGGCGGACGCCCGAGCCGCUGCUCAACGGGGAGGCGGCGCCGGGCGAGCGCGCGCGGGUGGGCGGCGUACGCACGCCCACGCGCGGCGCCCCGCAGCUGCGCGUCAGCGCGUUGAUUAUGAAAAUGUUGAAGGUGAAAGACAUGAAAGUGAAAUACUACCAAUCAUAUUAUUUAUGA